AUGAGUAUCUUCUACAGCGGCUCCCUUCUCUCCGGUGCCUUUGGAAACCUAAUCGCGGCCGGUAUCCUCGACGGUCUGGCAGGUAAACGCGGGCUGUCAUCGUGGCAAUGGUUGUACAUCAUCGAGGGCGCCAUCACAAUGUUCAUCGGUUUGGUGAUCAUGGUCAUGCUACCUGAUUUCCCGGAUACAUGGCGCUUUCUUAACUCAGAAAUGAAGGCUGUCGCCAAUCGUCGGCUUGCCAUCGAGGCCGCAGAGGCCGAUGUUGAUGAGGGUGGCAAGCGCAGCCAGAUUAAGGGGCUCAAGCUUGCCUUUACUGAUAUCAAAACCUACGUGUUGGCCAUCGCCUAUAUGUCCAUGACUGGCGCCAGUGGGUUCCAAAACUACUUUCCCACGCUCACCAGCACCCUGAAAUACGACGAAACCAUCUCCCUUGUUCUCGUCGCGCCACCAUACCUGUUCAUGGUCGCAUAUAGUAUGGCCCAUGCAAGACUAUCGGACCAUUUUGCCAACCGGUUCUGGUUCUUCGUCUAUCCGAUUCCGAUCACCAUGGUCGGGUAUAUCAUCUUUAUGACCACUGAAAGCUUUGGACCUCGUUAUUUCUCCUUCUUCCUGAUGGUGUUUGUCUUUGCGCAAAACAGCACCAUCUACUCGUGGAUCGCCAACGCCAUCCCGCGACCGCCGGCCAAACGAGCGGCAGCAUACGCUUUUAUCAACUCGGUCGGAAACUCGGCUAGUAUCUGGACUCCGUACACCUACCGUGACCAGGACGAGCCAUUCUACCGGCCGGCCAUGGGCGUGUGUAUCGCGUUGCAGUGUGUUAGCGCGAUAAUGGCGUUGUUUAUGCAUUUCCACUUGCGGCAGUUGAACAAACGUCAGGAACGGCUGGAGGAUGAGGACGUGACUCUGACCGAUGCAGAGCUACAGCGACUGCAAAGGACAGCGGAGAUUGAAGGAAUUGAUAUCGCAGCUGCGCGUCAGUUGCAACGGGGAUUCCGCUACAUGAUUUAG